AUGUCCCCCUCUCCCGAAAAACCAGGGAUAUUUACUUACGCCGAUUUUGAUCUGCAAGCUCUGUGUCGUCAUGCGAGCAUGCUGCGGAAGGGCAUUCCAUGUGCCUGUGACCCAGAUCAACGCCCUGCUUCGGGGAGUUUCAACUGGGCUAUUCUUGUCUCCUUUGAAGAUCAAGGAGAAAGCUUCUGGCAAGCGAAGCUGCCACAUUGCGAUACCUCAGAGCUCAAAGUGAUAUUCCAGUCCCCCAAGUAUACGAUUAUUGGUAACGCACCCUCUGACACUAUUCUUCCGCCCUCUAACGUUUGUAGCGCCUCUGCCAAUAACGAAAUUGGACUUCCUUUUAUUCUUAUGAGCGAGGCACUUGGGCAGCCACUAUCGAAGGCUUGGCGACCAGCUAGCUCUCCUCAACCUAGUCUGGAGACACCUAGCAAGGCUAAAGUUCUCUCGCAGCUGGGGAGAAUUACUUGGAAUCUUGCACAGUUACGCUUCGAUAAAAUUGGCUCACUUUUUGAAGAAAAUGAGUCCUUCAACAUCAAGGAAUGUCUCUCACGCGGUCACAUGAUGCAUGAACGAUUUUCCUUGAGCAUCCCGCGUGGACCUUUCACCUCCAAGGACGAAUUUUAUGACAGCCUCAUUUCAGCGUUCUCUGAGCACGCUGAGGUCCUACCCUUAUCACACCAUUGCUUCAUAGCGCCUGUCCCUUCUCAGGGCGAAUACCCCUGCAAACUGCAAUAUGAGAAUGCUGUGAACCUAUGGAACGACUUUGUGACCGUGGGAGGCAAAAUUGACUCAGCGGAUAACAGGUUGGACUACAUAAUCACAGGGGAUGCUCUUCGUGAAAUCAUACAAAAGCUUGAACUCCCUGCGAGCAAUCCCGAGACGUUUCCGUUGUACCACCCAGAUUUGAGCGUGAACAAUAUAUAUGUUGAUGAUGAUUACAACAUUACUUGCAUCAUUGACUGGGCUUUUGCUUCUUCUAUACCCGAAUCUAUGCUUUUAACUGCUCCAGGGCUGCCACAAUACCGCGACGAAAUCAGCUUAGAGUUGCAAGUGUCCUUCAUAGAUGGGUUUAUUGCAGCUAUUCCGGGACCAACGGAAGGGGAAGUGGUCCGCAGAUAUCGCAAAUCUCUUUAG